AUGGUCCUUUUGUCAUCACAAUCAGUACUUGUCUUCCGUCGAAUUAUGCUUUCAAAACAUCGAAGUUUAAAGGAUCGAUGGUGGUGGUGCAUGAUCGUUGGAAAUACUCUUUCAGUGCUUAUUUGGCGACAUCAUGAGAAAUCAAUUCAAUUAGAAGAAGACAAAGAUACGUUAAAACCUCGUUUUCUUCGAUCUACAACCAGUCAAACGUAUCUUCACUCAACAUUCUUCGAGACAAAAGAAACAGAAGUCAAUCAUUUGAAUCGAUUGAAUUAUUGGUUGACAAAUAAUUCCCGGAUAUUCGGAAUUAAUUUAACCGCUAUUGUCGCACCGAAAAAAAUUCGAAAAUAUCUCGUUUAUGUUUGUCAUGAAAACUGCGGAGGUUGGGGCGAUCGUCUUCGUGGAAUUAUGAGUAUUUUCAUGAUUUCAUUAAUGCUCGAUCGCAAUUUCCGUAUUGAAAUUACUCAUCCAUGUGAUUUAUCGAAUAUUUUUCACCCAAAUUUGUACAAUUGGACGCAAUCGAUCAAAGGAUUGACUAUAGAAGAUAAAAAAACUCACCGUCGUCGGUACAACUUAACACGAAAAAUGUUGAUAACAUCAGCAUAUGCUCGAAGAGAAGUAAUAUCGAAUGUUUCGCGAAUUCUGAAUCAUACUCGAGCAAUCAAUUCCAUUUGGUCAGAAGAUGUACUUUACUGGGCGACGAAUAAGGAUUAUUUCAAUCAAUUAUCGAAUAAUUUAUACUAUCGAAAGAAAUUCAAAUCCUAUGGAAUUAUGACGAAAUACAAUAUCAAAUUAGAAAUACUUUUUCCGUUGUUUUAUGAAAUUCUCUUUCGACCUGUCGCCAAAAUUCAGCGACAGAUCGAUUUCUACAAGACAAAAAGAAAGGCGAAGCAAAUGAUUUGUGCACAGAUACGAACAGGAAAAAAUCCAACAAUUCCUGAUGAUAAAUUACUUCCAGGUCGUCGAAAUAUCAGCGAAACGAUCUUUUCGUUCAUCGAUUCCAACAUUUCCAUUGAAGAUUCGCAAAUAUUCUUAACAACUGAUAAUGACCAAGUUUAUCACGAAGCUCAACGUCGUUAUGAAUCUCGUUUGUUGUACGUCUCAGGUGAAAUAACUCAUAUCGAUCGAUCAUUAAAUACGAAUCAGAAAGUCUGCCGGGAACAAGAUAAACUCAUAACAGAUUUUCAUUUAUUAGGAGAAAUCUGUGAUGUAUCGAUAAUCUCGAAUUCAGGCUUUGGCUUUUGGGGAAAUCUACGAAGAUACAAACCAUUCGAACAGUUGUAUGUUUUUUGUGCUGGUAGAAUUUAUAAAAUCGAAUCGAUGUGGCAUUUGUAUAAAAUGAGAGAACAAAAUCAGAAUGGAGAAUUAUGUUGA